AUGCUCCAGUCACUUCCUCUGCUCAGGGUUCUUACCUGCUCCAGUCUCUUCCUCUGCUCAGGGUUCUUACCUGCUCCAGUCUCUUCCUCUGCUCAUGGUUCUUACCUGCUCCAGUCUCUUCCUCUGCUCAGGGUUCUUACCUGCUCCAGUGUCUUCCUCUGCUCAGGGUUCUUACCUGCUCCAGUGUCUUCCUCUGCUCAGGGUUCUUACCUGCUCCAGUCUCUUCCUCUGCUCUGGGUUCUUACCUGCUCCAGUCACUUCCUCUGCUCAGGGUUCUUACCUGCUCCAGUCUCUUCCUCUGGUCAUGGUUCUUACCUGCUCCAGUCUCUUCCUCUGCUCAGGGUUCUUACCUGCUCCAGUCUCUUCCUCUGCUCAGGGUUCUUACCUGCUCCAGUCUCUUCCUCUGCUCAUGGUUCUUACCUGCUCCAGUCUCUUCCUCUGCUCAGGGUUCUUACCUGCUCCAGUCUCUUCCUCUGCUCAUGGUUCUUACAUGCUCCAGUCUCUUCCUCUGCUCAGGGUUCUUACCUGCUCCAGUCUCUUCCUCUGCUCAUGGUUCUUACCUGCUCCAGUCUCUUCCUCUGCUCAGGGUUCUUACCUGCUCCAGUGUCUUCCUCUGCUCAGGGUUCUUACCUGCUCCAGUGUCUUCCUCUGCUCAGGGUUCUUACCUGCUCCAGUCUCUUCCUCUGCUCAGGGUUCUUACCUGCUCCAGUCUCUUCCUCUGCUCUGGGUUUUUACCUGCUCCAGUCACUUCCUCUGCUCAGGGUUCUUACCUGCUCCAGUCUCUUCCUCUGCUCAUGGUUCUUACCUGCUCCAGUCUCUUCCUCUGCUCAUGGUUCUUACCUGCUCCAGUCUCUUCCUCUGCUCAUGGUUCUUACCUGCUCCAGUCUCUUCCUCUGCUCAUGGUUCUUACCUGCUCCGGUCUCUUCCUCUGCUCAUGGUUCUUACCUGCUCCAGUCUCUUCCUCUGCUCAUGGUUCUUACCUGCUCCAGUCUCUUCCUCUGCUCAUGGUUCUUACCUGCUCCAGUCUCUUCCUCUGCUCAGGGUUCUUACCUGCUCCAGUGUCUUCCUCUGCUCAGGGUUCUUACCUGCUCCAGUGUCUUCCUCUGCUCAGGGUUCUUACCUGCUCCAGUCUCUUCCUCUGCUCAGGGUUCUUACCUGCUCCAGUCUCUUCCUCUGCUCUGGGUUCUUACCUGCUCCAGUCACUUCCUCUGCUCAGGGUUCUUACCUGCUCCAGUCUCUUCCUCUGCUCAUGGUUCUUACCUGCUCCAGUCUCUUCCUGUGCUCAUGGUUCUUACCUGCUCCAGUCUCUUCCUCUGCUCAGGGUUCUUACCUGCUCCAGUGUCUUCCUCUGCUCAUGGUUCUUACAUGCUCCAGUCUCUUCCUCUGCUCAGGGUUCUUACCUGCUCCAGUCUCUUCCUCUGCUCAGGGUUCUUACCUGCUCCAGUCUCUUCCUCUGCUCAGGGUUCUUACCUGCUCCAGUCUCUUCCUCUGCUCAGGGUUCUUACCUGCUCCAGUCUCUUCUUCUGCAGAGCCUGCUCUGUGUCUGCUUCUGAGAGGAUCUUCUGUAGUUUGUGUUGCUCUGCUUUCUGCUGCUCCACGUGCUGCUUGGCUUCCUCCAGCUGCAACUUCAUCGUCUGA